AUGGGGGAGGUCUGUAAGCCCAUAUCUGUGGCAGCUGGCCUGAAGCCUGGGUGUAUAGGCACUGACCUGACAUCGGAACAGGGACUGGUGGCUGGGUCCAUGGGGAUCGGCCUGGAUCCCGAGUCCUCAGGGACUGGCCUGGCACUGCAGUGGGCCUUGACCCUGAGUCUCUGCAAGAGAAGGAAAGAGCCAGAGUCCAGGAGGGGGACAGACGUGUGGCUGGAAUCAAAACUGCCACAUUCUAGGCAAGAUCAACACCCAAGGGAGUCCCCUCUGCAACUUUGGCUCCCUCUCUCAGGUUUCCAGACUGUCAGAGACCCCAGCCCUUCCUGCACCUUGAACAGGGUCGUGGGGGAAUCUGUUCAGUUGCCCCUGAACCACACUUUGAGCCCUGACAUCCGGGAGAUAGAGUGGAAGUGGAAUACUGAGGCCGAGCAGCAGCAGCUCCUGGUGUCCUGGAAGCCCUCGGGUCCGGAGUGGUAUGAAUUUGAAGGCAAAUACAAGCACAGAUUCUGCCUGACUGAGAAGUAUAUUUUGAACAUUUCGAAUCUCACCGUGGAAAUGAGUGGACUGUAUGUAGCGGAAAUCAAAUACAACACAGGAAAAUCCCAGAAGAAAGAUUUUAGACUCUGCGUCCAUGAACCAGGUUGAAGACGCAGAGAGUGACCCAGCCUUUGUGUCCUACAUCUCCCGGGCCAACAAACAAACCAACAUUCUUCCCCAUGAAGCAGAAGUACGGGGCAGAGGAGCAAGUGUGAGAACAGUGAGAAGAGGGAGUAGAAUCAAGUGCAUCCAAUGGCCAGAGCACUCUCCAUUGGUUGGCUCUGUCUCCGCCCAUCCUCCAUCCCCGCUAGUGGGUCACUGCAGCCAUCUCCCAACUGGUCUCUCUGCCUUUGUUCUCUUCCCUCUUUCCAAUCACCUCCCACACAAAUACUGUUUCUAUCUUAUAAAAAUGCAAAUAUUCACCGGGCAUUGUGGUGCACGCUGUGAUCUCAGUGACACCAGGUACCAAGGCAGGAGGAUUGCAAGUUUGAGGUCAGCCUGAGCAACCUAGUUGUGGGAGACCAACCUCGCACGUGACUGAGUUAACUUCCCUGCAGGGUGAUGUGGCAUCAGGCGACACCUAUGCUGCUAGACAGCCCCACCCUUCUCGGGUUUGAGGGACUGUGUCUUCUGCAAGGGUGUGCCUUUCUACAUCCCCAUGGGAGGAGCUAUGCUCACCUGUUUCUUUGUAAUAUAACCCCUUGCCCUGUUUAGGAUAGAA